AUGGAUACCGAUUCUAGGCUAGAAAGAGAACAGUUUGUCAGUCAUCUCAACGGUACAACUACUAUUGAAAUACUAUCUCUAACAUCAUUAAUGCCGAUUUCCAUCUUAUUUCGACAAUGUAUUAUUGCUCUCAUUGGCAUCAAAUUAAACCGUUCAAACCAAUGGUCCAGAUUUACCUUAGACGUUGCUUGUUUAUGCCUGCCAUUUCUUUUAUCGUGUACAAUUAUGUAUGAUUAUUGCUAUGUUCUCUUCGUGACAAUGAUAACAAUAAUCGUAGCAAGCAUUUUGUGGCGAUAUCAACAACCACCUAGACAUUCCUUAUCUAAGAAGAAAAUAGACUUCAAUAAUUUAAAUGUUAGUUGUCAGCUGAAAUUCAUAUCCUACUACAGAAUUGAGGUCAACAUCUGCACAGCUAUUGCUAUUCUUGCUGUUGACUUUAAAAUCUUUCCAAGAUGUCUUGCAAAAGCCGAAACCUAUGGACAUGGGCUUAUGGAUAUUGGUGUAGGUUGCUUCGUUUUAGCAGCUGCUAUCGUUGCACCUGAAGCGAGAUAUUCUAUCUAUCGCAAUGCCUCUGCCCCCUUUUCGUCAUCAUUAGUAAAAUCAUUAAAGUCGAUAAUGCCCUUAGUAGUGAUAGGUGUUGGUCGUUUGAUUGCUACAGCAGGUAUAAAUUAUCAACUACAUGUAAGUGAGUACGGGGUGCACUGGAAUUUCUUUUUUACCUUGGCUGCCAUUAGGUUACUGGCGUCCCUGAUAUUUAUUAUCAUCCCGAUCAGCCUUAGUGGAUUAAUUGGAGCUUGCAUUGGUGUAUUUUAUCAAGUUACAUUAACAAACUAUAAUUUGAAAGAUGUUAUAAUUUCGGGAUUUGAUGGAAGUGGAGGGAGAAACGGAAUUAUUGAAGCCAAUAGAGAAGGGAUAUUCUCUUGUAUUGGAUAUUUAUCAUUGUACCUAAUUGGAAUAGAAAUCGGCAAACAACUACUAAAACCAAUAUCGUCUUUAACUAGGUGGUUAAAGGUCUUAGUAAUAUUGAUUAUUGUUGAUAUCGUUUUAUGGGAACUCACUUGGUUCAAUGCCGAAUUGUUCGAGCCCGUAUCUCGACGAUUUGCCAAUUUUUCGUACGUUCUAUGGAUGGUAACCUUUAUGGCUUUCAAUAUAUUUAUGUACUUACUGGUGGAACUUAUCAGUACCUAUUUUACUAUGACGGGUAACUUUUGCGAAGAAAUGCCAUUAGCUGGAUGUUCAGUAUGCACGCCUACACUGGAAAAUCGCACAUGCGCAUGUUUGUAUGCGGCUAUCGAAAGGAACCAGUUAGGAUAUUUUUUAUUAGCGAAUGUAAUGACUGGUAGUGUAAAUUUGAGUAUGAAUACAAUCAGAGUAGAUAAUAUUUUAGCAGCCGUUAUUCUAGUUGGUUACAUAUACGCUGUUUCUUUUAUAAUUGUUGUAUUACAUGUAAACAAAGUAACAACUAAAAUAUGGUAA